UAAAUUGGAAAAUAUUAUCGAUCCGUCAUGCGUAGAGAUAAUCAUGAAAUAAUAUAAACACUUGUCGCUUCAGCCUUCGGCAUUCAGCCGUUCGGGGACUGGAAUAUUGUCGUGAGUCAGAUAAUAUAACCACACGCGGAGCUCGAUCUUUUUAAUUAAAUAGCAGUUAGCACUAUCAGUUAUCACCAAGUGCUACGGGAUUUACCGUACGUCGCUACUUUGUUGGCGGGAUUUAUACCAUAUUUUUAUAAGAAAGUGUAAUUAUGGAGUCCUAUAAAUUCAUAUUUUCUCUACUUUUUACUAUUUCAAUUUUUGGCCGUGGUUUUUUCGCGUAUGAAAUUGAUACAUACGAUUUUCUUAUGCCCAACGUUUGGCCUAAUCAGGAUGAACUGUAUCUUUGCACUCCUAUAAGAAUCGCACCCCAGAAGAAUUUCUAUGUUGUGGGAUUCAAGCCAAAUGCCUCAAUGCACACAGCUCACCACAUGUUAGUGUAUGGCUGUUCACAACCUGGCUCCAAUGAAUCGGUGUGGAGUUGCGGUGAAAUGCAAAGCAAUGAAAUAGAUGAUCGGUACAACACGGCCAGCCCUUGCAAAUCUGGAUCACAGAUAGUAUACGCGUGGGCUCGCGACGCGCCUCGCCUGGAGAUGCCGCCUGAAGUAGGUUUCCUCAUCGGCCACGAUUCGCCCAUCAAGUAUCUAGUGCUGCAGGUGCACUACAUGAUGAAGUUCCCAGAGGGCAAAACUGACAACUCAGGCGUCUUGUUGGAGUAUACAACAGAAAGGAUGCCGCGACAAGCCGGCGUGUUUUUACUGGGAACCAGCGGAGUAAUAGCUCCAAAUAAAGUGGAGCAUAUGGAAACAGCCUGCACUAUCAAUGAGAACAAAGUCAUCCAUCCGUUCGCGUUCCGUCCCCACACUCAUGCUCUUGGUACGGAAGUAUCCGGCUUCGUGGUCCGUCGCUCCCCCAAAGGUGACAUGUGGCAACUGCUGGGAUCGCAGAAUCCACAGCGGCCACAGAUGUUCUACCCGGUGGCGAACCAGGCGCCCAUCGCGCAGGGUGACGUGCUCGCUGCCAGAUGCGUCAUGAACAACACCAACAUGUAUCCCGUUCAGAUUGGGGCAACUAACAAGGACGAAAUGUGCAACUUCUACCUUAUGUACUGGGUUCAAGAUGACACCCCCCUUGCUCAAAAGUAUUGCUUCUCUCCCGGUCCUCCCUACUACUACUGGAGCCGCGCGCCUCAAAACUUUGACCGCAUUCCGGAUAGGGACUUUAACGUUAUUUAAGAAACUGACACUUCCCGGUAGGUUCCUUUUACGUUAUAGCAUUCAAAAAACAUUCCAAUUGGCAAGGUUAAGACCAAGACAGCGUCUCUAUAGCGCUCCAAGCGUAGCCAUUCUUCGAGUUUGAAUCUCAAAACAAAUUGGAUACUUUUAUGUUGAAAACGACAUACAAGUAAAAUCGAAGAUCGAAAUUGGCGUUUCGAUCUUAGCGAAAUCUUGUCAAGAUGUGCAAACUCAUACUAAGCUUGCUGCAUAAUUUUGUAAAAAACAUUUUGUGCCCAAAGUUACAAUGAAUACUCCAGUCGGGGUACUACGGGGUUUUUGAACUUGCUUUGUCAAAUUUUCCAAGAACUUGUUCGCUAUUGAUUUAUUGGCUGUUUGAGCCUUGCCAAAAAAAUAGUCUUAGUAGUUUCCCAUUAUUGCAUUUUGAAGGUUGUAUUGUAAACAAUCCAUAGACCGUUUCCCGCCGACAAAUCUCAUACCGUUUUAAUUUGUUGAGAAUGAGUUUAGUUUAGGAUUAAAAGGAAUAAAUCGAGCGGAAAAUCGUGGACGGAAAUUCGCAUGUGGAAACUGUCUACGACUAUAACUAGCGUGCCGAAAUCCGCGUCCGGAAAUUCUCUUCGACGUUUUUUUUUGCGCAGAUGUAAUUAUUACUACAUACUUUAAAUAGAGUUAAAAAUUACGUGAGCAAAAUUCCGCCGCCUCAUUUUGCCGCUUUAUUUAUCCCUGAUCUUAGAGUCGGAAUCUAACCUUUGACCUUUUGUCGAUCUUUUUAAGUUAAAAAUAUCUGAAUAGUAUUAAAUAUUAUUUUAACCAUAUUUUAUAACAGUAAUAAAUACCUUCAAACCAUAGAUACUCUUUUAUAGAUAAACAUGUACAAAUAGUGUUUUAGUUAAUACUCAAAAACUAUUAUACUGGCUUUCUUUUGUACACAAUUUCUAAACUAAAAUGACAGGUUUAAGUUUAUUGCUAUCCCUUUCAUAAUGCUCACUGUGGCAAAUAGAUUACGUUUUCCAUUGAAAAUUUAGUUUAGAGACUGUGUACAAUAGAAUUAACCACUACUGAACAUGGCAGCUAAAAUGGUACUCUUUAAUAGUUAAUACCCUAGUACUUAAAAUAUAAUACAAUAGAAUAAAAAGUCAAAUAGCAAAAAAAAUAUGCAAGUAAAUUUUGAAUUUUUGGAACUUGAAAUAAAAAAAUUAACAUAAUCUUCAAAACUUCGGUUCGUAGUGUGUAGAUAGAUGGUUUAGAAAGAAAAAAUACAUCCAAUAACCGAAAGUAAUAAUCUAGCUUAUGUGUAAAAA